GUGCGCCGCCUUAUGAGCUCUGUCGCUAUUGCUUUUUGCAUCAGGUAGACGGCUGAGUAUCAGCCUCGCCUAGGGAUGGGUCUUGGCGAUCAGCCCUGAUUGGCUGGGAUCACAGAAUCCAGGUGAUCGAGUUUCCACCCGGAUUCUGCCACUUAUCUGACAAGAGGAGGGUGCAACUUGUUUUAUGAGUAUUGUGAGAGGCUAGCAGGAUAAACACAUGCAAGGCAAUGGCACUUAAACAAUCAACAGAAGCAAGAAUCGAGCGUCGCAGGGAACAGAACCGCAUUUCCCAAAAAAGACGUCGUAGAAAAAACGCAAUACAAAUACGCCAUGCGAUGACCAGAGAGUUGCUCUUGCAGAGCGGCAUGCCACAUGCUACCAACUUCGUCUAGCAGAGCCUGAACAGGAGGAUCAGAACAAUACAAUCGCAGAUGAAAGAAACCACCACGCAUUAGCAUGGAGCUAUAGCGACCUUACUGCGAAAACUUCUUUAAAUGCAUCACCCAACCAUUUGCGGGAGCCGCCAGCGAUGUUAG